AUGUUGAGGGACGCCUGCUGUGAUGAACGCCCCGAGAACCGCAUCGCCCACAGGAGGAAUGGUCAACUGCUCAACUACCGAAGGAUGCACUUUCAAUCGUGUGUCUUCACAACCACCGUUCACGAAUUUCUGUUCGCCGAUGACUGCGUCCUCAAUGCAACCGCUGAAGUAGAUAUGCGAAGGAGAGUGGACCUCUUUGCUGCCGCCCGUAACGACUCCGGCCUGAUCAUCAACACGGAGAAAACCGUGGCCACGCAUCAACCGACACCCGAGGCUGCCUACGUCGCACCCCAAAUCAACAUGGACGGAGUCCAAAUGUAAGUCGUAAACAACUUCAAAUUCCUGGGCAUCAACCUCUCCCGCACCACCAAAACCGACGAUUAAGUGGCCUGCCCGAUUUCCAAAGCCGCGAAACCUUCGGCCGUCUGCGAAGCACAAUCUGGAAUGGCCACGGUCUUCAUUUCAACACCAAACUGAAAAUGUACAUGGCAGUCAUCGCGCCGACGCUGCUGUAUGUAGCUCAUACCUGGACGGUCUACAAAAAGCAGGCGCGGAGACUCAAUCACUUCCACUUCAGCUGUCUUCGACAGAUACUGAAUCUAAGGUGGCAGGACCGGAUCCCCGACACUGACGUACUGGAGCGGAUGGGAAUUCUCAACAUCGACGCCAGGCGAGACAACUGUAACUGUGUUGGAGAGGCAACUUCGUGCAGGUGGACGACGAGCGGCUACUUAAACGACUCUUCUAUGGAGAUUUCGGCACAGGUUCCCGCCGCCAAGGAGGCCCAGUCCGUCUAUACAAGGGCACUCUAA